GCGCCCUCUAUUUAAAGCACUGAAUGUGUAUACGGCCUCCAGGUGCCGCGCGCUCGGCUCGGGCCGAGCGGGCCGCUGCCAAGGCUGUCGCGGCCGGAGGCUCGCGCGCUUCGCUUACCAUGCGACCGCGCUCGUUCUCCAACGUCUCCACGGCCUCGAGUAGCUGGUCCCCUACAGGCAUCAACGGCGCUUCGCGCGACACGGUCUCGGGCCGCUGGGUCGAGGACGCGGCCGCCCGUACGUGCGCCAAGUGCGAGAAGGCCUUCUCUCUCGUGAACCGCCGCCACCACUGUCGUGUGUGUGGCGAGAUCUUCUGUCACGCCUGCUCCCGGACGCGUAUGGUACUCGCCACGAACCCCGGCGAGAUCCCGCGCCGUCAGCGUGUAUGUGACCCAUGCGCCACCCACGCGCACAGCAGCGCCGUGUUGUACGAAGCCGAGGAGACGGCGGUGGGCCCGCGUUUCCACACCACGACAGAGAUCAGCGAGAACCCCGUAGUCACGGAGGAGCUGCUGCUGGCCAAGGAGAAACAAGAUAAUAACGCCGUCGUCAAGACGCAGCGCAAUAGUGCGGACGCGGACAGCAGCCUGAGUUUCAUGGUGGCCUCGGCCGUGGGCUUCGCGGCCGCCUUCUGGUUUCUCAAGGAUGAAGUGGCCAUGUCCAACCCAGCCAUCUGGAUCCUACUGGCCGGCUUUGUCAAGAACGUGUACGAGAUCGUCCUGAGGAUAAGUGCCGCCAGACAAUUCACAGACGGCGUGACGGACCUGGAAGAUGCCGAGAAGAUUUUUAGUGGCAUGGACCUGGACGCCACGGACGACCUGUCCACCACAACCGCUACAUCCACGUCGGCCGUGUCGGAGAAGCCUAAGGAGGACAAAUACGCCAGUGUCAAGAUCACCCCUGCGCUGAGUGACGAGCUCAUUGCCAGCUCUCAAAAGUCGCUGGACAAAGUCCUAGAACUGGCCAACUCGGACGUGGCCACGGAUUCGGCCUGGAGCGUGGAGAUCCCCACCACAGAGAACGUGACCGUCCACUCUCGUGAUGGCAAGCCGUCGCGUAUUUACAAAUGUGAGGGUGAGAUCCCACUCUCCCCCGAUGAGUUAUUUGAUGAACUGUAUACGAACCUGGAGACGAGCAAUGUGUGGAAUGUGACGGCAGCUGAGAGCAACGUGAUCUGCAAGCUGGACGAGACAACGGACCUGGUUCACCUCAUCUCGGCCCCCGCUCUAGGUGGCGUCAUUUCCAGUCGUGACUUUGUUAACACCCGCACAUGGCGUCGCCAGGAUGGCGGCGGAUACGUAAUCGCCAACAGCUACGCCGGCAAGAACGUUCUGAAGCCUCAAAAGGGAAUCACUCGUGGUGAGAACGGCCCGACGGGCUGGGUCAUCCUGCCCCAUCCGACGUCUCCGUUCAAGAGCCGUCUCAUCUGGAUCCUCAACAUGGACAUCAAGGGCUACUUCCCGUCCAGUGUCAUCCGCAAGGGCUCCAUCGGUGAAGUCUCUUGCUUCGUGCGUAACCUGCGUCGCUACAUUGCUGAGAAGAACGGCACGGACGAGCUCGCUGCCGAGGCUUCCCCUGAGAUGCCAUAAAUUCAAUCAGCUAUCAGAAAAAAAUCAUGACCAAUGACGAGUGAUGUUGCUACUGAGCCAAGGCGGGCACUGUGAGCGGAGCGAACGCUUGCUUCUGCGCGCUUUGAGCUGUCAGUAUGGCUCUAGUCUUGGUUGUAUGUCUCUUGUGUCCGUUUUCUCUUAGUGGAGCUGUCGAGUUCAACGGAAAGCUCGACCAAUUAGCUCCCAUCUACCACUACAACUCAAUCAAGGCCAAGCGAGGAUGAAACCCUGCGACCGCCACUCCAUCGUGUCACCUGUGAGCUUAACGGAAUGCAGUCGGAAUGACGCGAUACCCAUAAACUUUUACAUUUUUACUAUUUGCUUUUUCAUAUUUU